AUGUCAGUGAACAUACACGGCUUUCUCAAGUAUGAUGAGCAGGGCAAAGGUUGUGACCAAAGGGUUGUAGUAGUUGAGUUCCCUAAGCCGGCUGCUGACCUUUCAUGCGGGUGGUUGGUGGACCAAGCACAAGAAAAAUUCCGUGCACUUGGUGCAACAACUGGUCAUGUAGUUGGAUUGAAAGAGUUUGGAAAUAAAAACGAUCAGGAGGCCAAGGAUCUGGGAGCUUCCCCAUAUGCUACGAAAGCAACUCUCACGGAUUUCGAAUUCUUGAAGGUCAUUGGAGACGGAGCUAGCUGCUCCGUGAUCUUAGUCCGUCGUAGAGAGAACGGCAAGCUGUAUGCUGUGAAGAUGAUGACCAAGGAGAGGAUCCUUUCUAAUGAUAAGAGGAUGGAGCGUGCUAUGAUGGAGCGUAAAGUGUUGGCUAAGGCCAGGCAUCCCUUUAUAGUCACUAUGUAUUGGGCCUUUCAGACUUGUUCACACUUGUAUUUCGUCCUCGAGUUUUGUGCCGGCGGGGAACUUUUCUACCACAUGACGCAGCAAAAUCAUUUUGAUGAGCCAACUGCGAAAUUCUAUUUCUGUGAAGUUCUCCUGGGUAUCGAGUAUUUACACUCCCAGAAUGUACUAUACAGAGAUUUGAAGCCAGAGAAUGUCUUAUUGGACCUUGAUGGCCACGUUCGCUUGACGGACUUCGGUCUGUCCAAAGAGAGCAAGCCAGACCCUGCCUCGCAGCUUACAUCCUUCGUGGGUACAGCAGGGUAUCUCUGCCCCGAGAUGAUCAAACGGGAGGGCCACGGGAAGCCUCUCGAUUUCUACUGCCUCGGUUGCCUACUCUACGUCAUGCUCACUGGUAGCUUACCUCACUUCCAGGGUAACUGGGACGAGAUGUUCGCCAGAAGAGUUACGGGAGAGAGCCUCACGUAUCCGCCUUGGAUAUCGACAUCAGCUCAGAAUAUGUGUGACAGGCUAUUAGAAGCCGACCCUAAAGAAAGGCUUGGAUCUAAGGGUGGAGCAAAAGAAGUCAAGGAACAUCCGUGGUUGAAGGAUACUGAUUGGGCGAAGUUAUUCCGGAAGCAGAUCAAGCCACCGAUUGAUCCUAGUGAAACGAAGAAAAACUUUUCAUCAGAGUUCACUGACAGACCGGUUGAAGUAGGACUCACAUCUGCUGUGAAGCAACGUGCUUUCAAAGGGGCUGCUGCGUCCUCACCUACAGUGAAGAAUGAUGCAUUCCAAGGUUGGAGCUAUUCUGAAGGUGGGCGGGCGUAA